AUGGCAAGGCUAGUUUUGCGCUUAGAACUCUUAAAUAUAUGUGCAAUUCUCUUACUGUUAAUCAGUGUGAAGGCUUCAUCAGCUAAUUCUCUGGAGAAAACCAGUGCCUUGUUCAUCUUUGGGGACUCCACCGUAGAUGCUGGAAACAACAAUUACAUAAAUACCAUCCCUGAAAACCAAGCAAAUGUCAAGCCCUAUGGACAGAAUGGCUUCUUUGAUCGACCUGCUGGCCGCUUCUCCGACGGCCGUGUCAUUGUUGAUUUUAUAGCCAGUUAUGCCAAUUUGCCAUUGAUUCCUGCAUAUUUGGAACCUUCAGCUGAUUAUAGCUAUGGUGUUAACUUUGCCUCUGGUGGAGCCGGUGUACUUCCUGAAACCCAUCAGGGUUUGGUGAUUGAUCUUCAAACACAAUUGAAGUAUUUUGAAGAGGUGAAGAAGUCAUUAACUAAAAAGCUAGGAGAAGCGGAAGCACAGGAACUCAUAUCAGAAGCUGUUUAUUUCAUCAGUAUUGGCAGCAAUGACUACAUGGGUGGCUAUCUGGGCAACCCCAAAAUGCAACAAGCUUAUCAACCUGAAGAUUACGUUGCCACGGUUAUCGGCAACUUGACAGAAGCAAUCCAAGUGCUGUAUGAAAAUGGAGGUAGAAAAUUUGGAUUUCUCAGCUUAUCUCCACUAGGGUGCUUGCCAGCCCUGAGAAAUUUGAACCCCAACAAAGAGAGUGAAGGCGGUUGCUUUGAAGCAGGCUCUGCUUUAGCAGCAGCACAUAACAAUGCUUUAAAAGGAGUCCUCGCAAACAUUGAAUAUCUUUUCAAAGACUUCAAAUUUGCCAACUCCGAUUUCUACAGUUGGCUUGAAGAUAGAAUGAACAAUCCUUCCAACUAUGGUUUUAAGGACGGUGUAAAUGCUUGCUGCGGAUACGGGGCAUAUGGGGGAAUGCUAACCUGCGGCGGCAACAAGAAUAUCAGUGAAUACAAUUUAUGUGAUAAUCCUGACGAUCAUGUUUGGUGGGACUCUUUCCACCCAACAGAGAGGAUCCAUGAACAGUUCGCAAAGCUUCUCUGGGACGGACCCUCUUCUGCUGUAGGGCCAUUCAAUCUCUGGGAUCUCUUCUUCAGCAAGGAAAAGCUCACCAUUGCUGACAUUGUUGAUGCCCCUCAAACCCUACCACUCCAGUUUCAGUAA